AAUAGUACUUUUUUUGUUGUUAGUUUAGAUUAAAUAUAUGUGUUGGGGGAAAAUGUCACUGCUUUUAUGAAGAGGGCCAUUCUUUUCUCAUUUCCUGCAAUGCUAACUAGUGCAGUUAACUUGACACACAUAAUGGAUAGUAGUGUGUUGGUGCGUUCAGGGAGGAGCACUGUAGACCGGCAGCGGAGCGGCUCGCGUCUCAGGAGAACUCGGACUGACAGAGACAGAACCUGGAUCUUUAGUCUCCUUCUGCAGCCCGGCAUGGACGUUUUACUGGACACCUGUGGACGGCGACGAGUCAAGUUUCCGCUGUUACUGUACCUCUUCGUCGUGGAGGCAGCAGCCGACUGUCCUAAACCUCAGGCAAGGGAAAACAUUGUCUUAACCAACGAAGCACUUCUGAUGAAUGAUUUUCCAGAAGGUGUGGUCGUCACUUUAGAGUGUGCUAAUGGGUUUGUUGUUGAAAGUGGCUUUGGGAGCAUAACCUGCACCAAUAACAAUUGGAAUGAACCAGAUCUCUCCUGCAAAAAGAAAGACUGUGGUCCCCCUAGCCCUCAGCUCAAUAUGAGCUUUAAUACCAGCGACGGUACCCUGUUCGGUGCUGUUAUAAAAGUAGUUUGUGACAAAGGAUUCCAGAUCAUCGGAACAAGCUACAGGCAGUGCUAUGCGACCGGGUGGAGUCGAAAAUCCAGGUGUAAAAUUGUAACGUGCAAAAAACCUAGUACAGUGACCAAUGGCAAACACUCGUGGGAUUCUGAAGAUGACCCGAAAUACGGAGAAAUCAUACAGUACGUCUGCAACGAAGGAUACGCCCUCGUUGGGAAUGACAGCAUUGUGUGCAGCGAAACUCGUGACUACGAUUCUCGGCCUCCCGCGUGCCAAGGAGUGACAACAGAAGAUAGAACUACAACAAAAGUGCCAGCACCAACAUCUACACCUCCAGCACAAGAAGUGUCCACAUCUACAGAUCCGUCUGCCACACUCACAGCUCACAGAGAUAAAACCGUCACAACCAGUGCGACACCAACAGUCUCACCUUCAGUACAAGGUGGCAGAGACAUCUCGACAGCUGCGGGUAACGCCACAACAACCGCUGAGACAUCGACGACAUCAUCUUCACUUCCAGAGUAUAUCCCUGUUAUAGUCAGUGUGAUAUGCGUCUCAAUAGCUGUGUGUGUUGUAGCGGUGUUUUUACACAAGUUUCUUCUGAGGAGAAAAGGAUCAUAUGACACCAGAGAGGACCUGAAGCCUGAGUUAUUACAGUUCCAAAAUCUUUAGAUUGCCUGCCUGACUAAGCUCUGCAAAUGGACCGGGGCUUCUGUGACCCUGGAGGGACGUGCCAAAUCAACUGCAGCAGUGCCUCUCUGAGUCGAUGGGGGGGG